CAACUGCACACUGUCUCUGCGUCCUUGCCGCAGCUCCGUGCGCACACACCGCUCGUCGUCGUCGUCGUCGUCUUCGUCUUCGUCUCCGUUGUCCCUGUCGUUAUCACCGCCAUUAUGGCUGCAGCUUUGACCGCGCGCCAGCUCGUGCUGCGCGCCACCUCUCGUCGUGCCCUCAGUUCGGCCGCCCCGCUGCAAGCGCGCCGCAUGGAUUGGCAAGACCCUUUCGAGCUGGAUUCACAGUUGACCUCGGAAGAGCUCAUGGCCAAGAACACGGCCCGCGAGUACUGUGAAGCCUCUCUUCAGCCGCGCAUCAUUGAGGCCUAUCGCACCGAAACGUUUGACCGAAGCAUCAUGAACGAGUUUGGCGAGCUGGGCAUGUUGGGCAGCACCAUUGAUGGCUAUGGCUGCCCUGGCAUGAGCUACGUGGCCUACGGCCUGCUGGCCCGCGAGGUUGAACGCGUCGACUCUGCCUAUCGCUCGGCCAUGAGUGUCCAGUCCUCGCUAGUCAUGUACCCCAUCCAUGCCUAUGGUACAGAAGCCCACAAGGAGAAGUACCUGCCCCGCCUCGCCACUGGUGAGCUCGUUGGUGCCUUUGGUUUGACCGAGCCCGACCAUGGAUCCGAUCCCGGCAGCAUGGCAACCAAGGCCAAGGCAGUUGACGGCGGCUACCUCCUCAACGGCUCAAAGACCUGGAUUACCAACGCGCCCAUCGCCGAUGUCUUCAUUAUCUGGGCCAAUCUCGAUGGUGACAUUCGUGGCUUUGUCGUUGAACGUGACGGUUCUGAAGGCUUGACGACGCCCAAGAUUGAGGGCAAGCUUUCCCUGCGUGCCUCGAUCACUGGUCAAAUCAUGCUGGACAAUGUGUUUGUGCCCGAGGAAAACCUGUUCCCUACGGUUAAGGGCCUUAAGGGCCCCUUUGGCUGUCUCAACAACGCCCGCUAUGGCAUUGCUUGGGGUGCGCUGGGUGCCGCCGAGUCGUGCUUUGAAGUCGCCCGCCAAUACACCCUGGACCGUCAGCAAUUUGGUCGUCCCCUCGCAGCCAACCAGCUCAUGCAAAAGAAGUUUGCCGAUAUGCUCACCGAGAUCAACAUUGGCCUUCAGGCCUGCCUUCGCGUUGGUCGUCUCCGCGAGGAGCACGGCGAGUUCACGCCGGACCUUGUUUCCAUGAUCAAGCGCAACAGCUGCGGCAAGGCCCUGGACAUUGCCCGCAUGACCCGCGACAUGCUCGGCGGCAACGGUAUUUCCGAGGACUAUCAUGUGCUGCGUCACGCCAUCAAUCUCGAGACAGUCAACACCUACGAGGGCACGCACGACAUCCAUGCUCUGAUCCUCGGCCGUGCCAUCACUGGCCUUCAGUCCUUCAAGCCUUGAAAUUCUACUCCUGCCUGAAAUUGACAAUCAUUCCUAUGUGUCGGCCGCGUCCAGCACAAGCUGCUCUUUUCUCAAAAGACGGUCAUCGACCUUGGCGACAAGCAAAGGUGGAAAGGAAAUGGUGCAUGGCAUCCAAGCCAGGGGAGCGCAGCCCAUCACGACAAGAACCGAGCCUGCUGAACACCUAGGCCGGGGCAUUAUCGCCCAUCAAUCAACCCGACGUCAGUUGACAACAAAC